AUGCUGACCUUGACAAUUCCUGGAGUCUUCGAGUCUCACAAUUGUCCUGUCUGCUUGUCUCCCAAUGAAACUGCCAGCCACCUGCUCUUUGACUGUCCAUCCAAAGAAAAGGUAUGGCUAGGCGUCAUUUUUGAAUUCCUAUGGCCCACGACGUCCAUCACUGACAUCAAAGAGGCUCUUCUGUCCCUGGACUUUUCGGAUAUCUGGUACUCCCAAGUCAAAGGCAUCCAUCCAUACAGAACCCUACUUAUCACCCUGUCUCAAACAUGGCUAGCCCAUAUGCGCUUUGUUUUUGACAACAUCAUCCUUGUCCCUGAGGCGAUUCUGGUGAAUGUCCGCUCCACUGUUCACCAGACAGUGGAUGAGGAUCAAAUCCAUUCCCUCUUGUAG